AUGGCACAAGCGGAGUUUGAAAAGAUCCUCGAAACGAGAUCUCGAGAGUUUUUUGAGGUCUUCAAUUCUCCACCCAAGAACACUGCUACUUGGGAUGACUUCACUCGUAUUCGAACCCUUGGACGAGGCGCAUUUGGUCGGGUUUUGCUGGUUCGCUAUCGAGAUACGGAGAAGUACUACGCAAUGAAGGUUCUUUCCAAGUUGGAAGUGGUCAAAUCAAGGCAAAUUGACAAUGCUAUAAUGGAGAAACGCAUCCUGGCAGCGUGCAAUAUUAACCAAAUCAUCAAAUUAGCCUACAGUUUUAAGGAUAAUAGCUAUCUUUACAUAGUAAUGGAAUUUGUUGUGGGAGGCGAGAUGUUCGCUCUGUUGCGAAACAUGCGUCGCUUCCCUGAGGGUAUGGUCAAGUUUUACGCAGCUCAGGUGCUGUUGGCUUUUGAAUAUCUUCACUACCUUACCAUCACUUAUCGGGAUUUAAAACCUGAGAAUUUACUCAUAACCGGUGAGGGCUUUAUCAAAGUUGCAGAUCUUGGAUUCGCGAAACUUUUGCCUAAAGAUAAGCGUACGUGGACUCUGUGUGGAACCCCGGACUACAUGGCUCCAGAAAUUAUCAUGAACAAGGGAUAUGCCCACGCAGUAGAUUGGUGGGCUUAUGGCGUACUUCUCUAUGAAAUGACCACAGGGUUUCCGCCCUUCAUGCACCAGGAGCAGAUGAAGACAUUUGAGCACAUCAUUUCAGGCAAAAUAAAGUUUACCAACCAAUUCAGUCCAGAUUUGAAAGAUCUCAUUAAGAAUCUCAUUCAAACUGACCUCUCGAGGCGCUUUGGAAACCUCCGUAAUGGCAUUAUGGACAUCAAGGGACACGCUUAUUUCAGUGACGUCGAUUUUAUGGCCAUUUUUAAUCAAAGUGUGCGACCACCGUAUGUGCCGAAGUCAGACGAAAAACUUUAUUGUGGGAUAAAUUUUGACUUACAGGAACCCAAUGAUUUCUACAAAGUAAUUAUCAAAUUCACCAUCAAUGAGGAUGGCAAAUCCAAGUCUGUGACGAGAGAAGUCUCAAGCACUGCAUUACUCAAGCUAUUCAAUUAUACCAAAACUGUUUCCAAAAGCUUGCAUGAUUUUCUAACUAUGCUUCCCCACUUGUUAAAAUUUUUGAGUGCAAACUACAAAACAUGA